AUGCCAAAAAUCAGAUAUUUCCUGUCUGACACAGAGUUUCCAGGUGUAGUUGCAAGACCAAUCGGUGAAUUUAGAAGCAAUGCUGAUUACCAGUACCAGCUGCUGCGGUGUAAUGUUGACUUGUUAAAGAUCAUCCAGCUUGGCCUUACAUUUAUGAACGAACAGGGUGAAUACCCUCCAGGGACGUCAACAUGGCAGUUCAACUUCAAAUUUAACCUCACGGAAGACAUGUAUGCACAGGAUUCCAUUGAGUUGCUCACCUCGUCAGGUAUCCAGUUUAAGAAGCAUGAGGAAGAGGGUAUUGAGACACUGUACUUUGCUGAGCUGCUUAUGACCUCAGGUGUGGUGCUUUGUGAGGGGGUCAAGUGGCUCUCAUUCCAUAGUGGCUAUGACUUUGGGUACCUGAUUAAAAGUUUGUCCAACUCAAAAUUGCCAGAUGAAGAGGUUGACUUCUUCGAGAUUCUUCGUUUAUUUUUUCCCAUCAUUUAUGAUGUGAAAUACCUCAUGAAGAGCUGUAAGAACUUGAAGGUAUUUUAA